GGGGCGUGGUGAAUGGUGAGGAGGGAAGGAGAGAGGGGGAGGGGGAGGGGGAGGGGGAGGGGGAGGGGAAUGAAGAGGGGCAAGAAGCGGGAGAGGGGGAGGGAGAGGGGGAGGGGAAGGGGGAGGAAGAGGGGGAGGAAAGAGAGGAGGGGGGGGAAGAGGAAGAUGAGGAGGAAGAGGAUGAGGAGGAGGACGAGGAGGAGGAUGAUGACAUUGAGCACGUGUAUGGCAUGGAGAGUGACGAUGACAGGGACGACGAGUAACACAGGGCGUAGAGCGAGGAUAAGGAGGACUGAGAUGAUGAACGUGGAGACGGGGAAGCAGGAGCUGAUUCUGGUGUACGAGUUUGUGGGCAAUGGAGACCUACAGUUCCACAUCCACAAGAACAAGAACCCUCUCUCGCUGCGCCAAAGGCUGCGCCUGGCGCAGGGAGCAGCGGAGGGCCUAGCGUACUUGUAUGGGUUUAAGACGCCCAUCAUUCAACGCGACAACAAGCCGGCCAACAUCCUUGUGACUACCGACAUGCAUGUCAAGUUUGCUGAUUUUGGGCUCCUCAAGCGCCUCACCCACGGCGAUGCCGAUGCAACCAGGGCACUCCUGGCUACUUUCAACUCCCCUUCUAUUUCGAAUUUCUGACCGUUUGCAGCUUUGGCAUCAU